GUGGAUGACCGUUGUUAAGCAACCGCACUAUACAAACGAAGUGGAGGAAGAAAAAGAAAACGACUGAAGACCACAGCCAGUAGGCCCACUCAGCUGGUUCUUGGAGCCACACCAAACGUGAAAGGGAAAACAAAGACAAAGAUGUCAACACAGGAAGAACACGCCAAUAUCGGCAAAGUACUCAGUUUUCUUCGAGAAUGGGACCGUGGUGACAGGACAGUCCGCGGCCGCAUGCUGAACACAUUCCUGCACACAAACACUGGGAAGACGUUUUAUGAGCUGGAGCUCGAGUUUGCAGAGGUUGCCAGCCUCUUCCUGGCUCGACUCACCACCUGGAUGAGACUCACAUACAUGUUUGGGACAUUUUUGGGACUGCAGCUUAAAGCAAUUGGGAUUUUCCUUUCUGCAUCAAGCCAUGAUCAGUACCUAAUUGAGUUCCUGGAGGAUGGAGGCGUUCUCACUCUCUUGCACAUCUUGAGCCACUCUCAGACCAAAGAGGAGGAAAAGGCAGAGGCCCUCCGUCUUCUGCUCACUGUCUCAAAUACUGGUCGCAAGUACAAAGAGAUUAUAUGUGAAAGUCAUGGUGUGAAAGUCAUAGCAGAGUGCAUGGCUAAAUCAAACAGCGAUGAAACCCAAGAGACUGCAUGGGCCGUCCUGGAUUCUCUGUCCCAUGGAAACCCCAAAUAUCAAACCCAAAUCUAUAAAGGUCUGAUUGCUUUCAUGACUUGUAACUCCCCUAAGGCCCAGCAACUGGUCCUGCACACCUUACACACCAUGCAGUCCAAAAUGAAAACAGCCCAUCACAGCAUUAUAGAACCUCUGCUGAAUAUGCUCAGGACCCUGCAGCUGGAUGUUCAGGAUGAAGCUAUUAAUCUGAUCUUAGACCUGAAGUGUUAUGAUGUGAGGCCAGUGCUGCUCAGUGGACUGGUGGCUCUGCUGAGGCCUGCUAAAGAAGUGCAGCAACACCACAAUAUGGAAGAGUCUGAGAUAAUCAAGAUGACUGGAUCUCUGCCUGUGUUUGUGCAACAAGCUGCUGCAGCUAAAACUAUACGCUUGCUGGCUGAGGACAAUCGAGAGGUUUCCCGUGAGCUGCUCUCUCUUGGAGUGAUCCAACGUCUUCUGUAUGCUAUGGGUAACAGAGAACACGCUGAUGCCCAAAUACAAGCCAGCCUGGCCUUAGAGCACUUUGUCCACACAUACCCAGUUAUUGAGCAACAUGUGCAGAAAGCCAUUGGCGGUCCACUGUUUGCAGCCUUUAUGCACAAAGCUGACACUUUGUACAUGAAUGUGGAUGAAACACAAGCAGAAAUCCUGCUAACUAACAAGGUCAACAUAACUGAAGUUUUGGAUGGUGGCACCUGUGAAGGCUGACAAGAGGAACAAAUGGUUUUAAUGAUGCAGAUGAAUAAACAUUUUGUGUGAAUAUUUUUUGUUAUUAAAAGACAGUUUAAUUCUUAA